AUGGGUGGACCGCUUUUAUUUGCCAAGACUUCUGAAGGGCUUUUGUUUAGGUCUACUACCCCUUCUAAGAAGGAUGCUGUUAUACACUUGUCAGACCAGGAACAAGCUGUCAGAGUAGAAGGUUUGGAGGAAUUUCCAGUCGAGGGUAAUAUCACCAAGAUUCCUGCAUUACUUGGUUUUAUCAGAUUAAAGUUAAACAAAUAUGCGGUUAUUGCAUCGAAAGUGGAAGAGGCUGGUAGGAUCAAUGAUCAUUUGAUUCAUAAAGUAGUCGAGCAUUUGAUUGUUCCCGCUAAGGAGAAAGCAAGAAUUGAUUCUGAUGAAUCAGAAUAUUUGAGACUCCUAAAAUUGCAGCUUAACAAGGCUACUCUUUAUUUUUCCUAUACUUAUGACUUGACAAAUUCGUUCCAGAGGAAUGCAUCUAUUACCAAACCAUCGUGGAAGACUACUGAUAGUAGAUUCUUUUGGAAUCAUUAUUUGACCCAAGAAUUGCAAGAAUUGUCAGCUAAAGAUGCUGCUGCUGGAGAAUUCAUUCAACCUGUAAUUUACGGUUAUGUCAAAUUAGUGGAUUAUAUCUUUAGAUCGACUCCAAUUUCAGUUGGGUUGAUCUCCAGACGUAGCAGAUUUAGAGCUGGUACCAGAUAUUUCAGACGUGGUAUUGAUGAGCAAGGUAACGUGAGCAAUUUCAACGAAACUGAGCAGGUGCUUGUCGUCCAGACAAACACUGCAUCCGUUUCCCACUUGUUUUCGUUCCUGCAGACCAGAGGUUCUGUUCCUGUUUAUUGGGCUGAAAUUAACGAUUUGAAAUACAAACCACAGUUAGUGCUUAAGGAAGGUUCAUCACUAGAUGCUGCUGAAAAACACUUCGCUGAACAAAAGGCAUUGUAUGGUGAAAACUAUCUAGUCAAUUUGGUUAACCAAUCAGGUCACGAACUGCCUGUCAAAGAUGCCUAUGAAUCCACUGUAAACGCACUUGAUGACCCCAAGAUCCACUAUGUAUACUUUGAUUUCCACCAUGAAUGCAGCGGUAUGAAAUGGCACAGAGUCAAACUACUAAUUGAUCACCUAUCCAAUAUGGGCCUGAAAAAUAGCGAUUUCUUCCAUGCUAUCAUUUCAUCUGAAGGUACCAUAAAGAGGGUUGUUAAUGAACAGAAAUCAGCCGUGAGAACCAACUGUAUGGAUUGUUUGGAUAGAACCAAUGUGGUUCAAUCUGUGCUCGCUCAUUGGGUCUUACAAAAAGAAUUGGAGACGGCAGGUGUCAUCCCUGAUGAUGAACCAUGGGAAAACAGUUCUUCACUCUUGUUGGCAUUCCAAAGUCUUUGGGCUGAUAAUGCAGAUGCCGUCAGUUGUUCUUACUCUGGUACUGGUGCCCUAAAGACUGAUUUCACCAGAACCGGUAAACGUACCAAAAUGGGGGCACUUAACGAUUUUAUCAAUUCUGCCACUCGUUAUUACAAAAACAAUUUGUCAGAUGGUCCUAGACAGGAUUCUUAUGACUUGUUCCUGGGCAACUUUAGACCCUACAUGGCAUCUUUGAAAUCUCCAUUCGCUGACAGUAGACCAUUUAGUGUCCAAGUGAUUCCAUUGGUGCUCUAUGCUGCCUUGACCGUCUUGGGAGCAACCGUGGUUUUCCCAAAGGGUGAAUUCACCAGCAAAAAAAAUAUGGCGUUCUUCCUAGGUGCCUCUGUAAUAUUUGCAUUUGCCUUUUUCAACCUGGUGACUGAUGGUAUCCAAUAUGUGAACUGGCCUAAGUUGGUUGACGUUGGGUUCUUAGUGACCCAACACUCCCGUAAUAAGGAUAAAAGUCACGAAGGUGUUAAAUACAUUAAAAACCCAAGGUUUAUGAAACCUGGCGCUUCCAAGAAGGACUAG